UCCAAUAUCGUACAAAAUGGCCUAAUGGUGUGUUGGGUGUUCGGCGCAAGAGAAUUCUAUUUGUUUUAAGCAUUGUAUAAUAUUACAUUAUAGACUUAUUAUUCAUCAAGUUAUUUAUUUUGAACUACAUUUUAUUAGUUAUUUGAAUAUUUAAAUAUUACAAAGUCCGCCAUGGGUGAAGACAAAGAAAGGGAACGUGAUAGAGAUCGUGGAGAACGUGACAGAGAUCGGGGUGAAAGGCGUCGGCGUUCACGUUCAAGAGAUCGUGAACGCCAUAGAAGACAUAGAUCACGAAGCCGUGAGGGACGUAAACGUAGUCGAUCCAAAUCACCUAAGACUAAAUCUAGACGUAGGAAGCCUUCACUGUAUUGGGAUGUUCCACCUCCUGGUUUUGAACACAUUGCUCCUCUUCAAUAUAAAGCUAUGCAAGCUGCUGGACAAAUACCAGCAAAUACAAUGCCAGACACACCUCAAACAGCUGUACCUGUGGUUGGAUCCACAAUUACGAGACAAGCAAGGCGAUUGUAUGUUGGUAAUAUACCAUUUGGUGUAACUGAGGAUGAAAUGAUGGAAUUCUUCAACCAACAAAUGCAUCUAUCUGGUUUGGCUCAAGCUGCAGGUAAUCCUGUACUUGCGUGUCAAAUAAAUUUAGAUAAAAAUUUUGCAUUCUUGGAGUUUAGGUCUAUAGAUGAAACUACUCAAGCAAUGGCCUUUGAUGGAAUAAAUUUUAAAGGUCAAAGUUUGAAAAUAAGACGUCCGCAUGAUUAUCAGCCGACACCUGGAAUGACAGAAAGUAACCCUGUUACCAAUUAUAAUUCUGGAAUGACAUUAGACAUGAUGAAAUAUGAUUCCAGUUCAUUUGGUCUUGGUACAGUUCCAGAUUCCCCACACAAAAUAUUUAUUGGUGGUCUUCCUGCUUAUCUCAAUGACGAUCAGGUAAAAGAAUUAUUGACGUCGUUUGGUCAAUUAAAAGCGUUCAAUUUGGUUAAAGAUGCUGCCACUGGUCUGAGUAAAGGUUAUGCAUUUUGUGAGUAUGCUGAUGUUGUAAUGACUGAUCAGGCAAUUGCGGGUCUAAAUGGUAUGCAGUUGGGUGAGAAAAAAUUGAUAGUACAAAGAGCAAGCAUAGGAGCUAAAAACCCAGGUCUUGGUCAAGUACCUGUUACCAUACAAGUUCCCGGACUCACUGUUGUAGGAACUGCUGGACCUCCAACUGAAGUUUUGUGUUUAUUAAACAUGGUUACACCUGAUGAACUGAAAGACGAAGAAGAGUACGAGGAUAUUUUAGAAGAUAUUCGGGAAGAAUGUAACAAGUAUGGAGUAGUACGGUCAUUAGAAAUUCCACGACCAAUUGAAGGAAUUGACGUACCUGGUUGCGGAAAAGUAUUUAUCGAGUUUAAUGCAGUGGCUGAUUGUCAAAAGGCACAACAGGCCUUGGCAGGCCGUAAAUUUAAUAACCGAGUUGUGGUUACAUCAUUCAUGGAACCAGACAAAUAUCACAGAAGGGAGUUUUAGUUAUACUUAAUUGGCUACAUAAAUUUAUAUUUUAGGUUUUUACUUUAAUAUAACAUUCACAAAUUUGAAA